AUGCCCGCCUCGCGCCCGCCUUACCUGCGCCGUCGCGCGCCCUUCCCUAGCCGGCCCGUCGUGGCCCCUACUGCCAACGCGGCCCCUGCUGCCGUCGCGGCCCCUGCUGCCGACGCGGCCCCUGCUGCCGUCGCGGCCCCUGCUGCGGUCGCGGCCCCUGCUGCCGUCGCGGCCCCUACCGCCGUUGCGGCCCCUGCUGCCGUCGCGGCCCCUGCUGCUGACGUGGCCCCUGCUGCCGUCGCGGCUCCUACUGCCGUCGCGGCCCCUGCUGCCGUCACGGCCCCUUCUGCCGUCGCGGCCCUUGCUGCCGUCGCGGCCCCUGCUGCCGUCGCGGCCCCUGCUGCCGUCGCGGCCCCUGCUGCCGUCGCGGCCCCUGCUGCCGUCGCGGCCCCUGCUGCAGUCGCGGCCCCUGUUGCCGUCGCGGCCCCUGCUGCCGUCGCGGACCCUGCUGCCGUCUUGGCCCCUACCGCUGUCGCGGCCCCUGCCGUCGCAGCCCCUGCUGUCGCGGCCCCUGCCGUCGAGGCCCUUGCUGUCGCGGCCCCUGCUGUCGCCGCACCUGCAGUCGCGGCCCCAGCCGUCGCGGCCCCUUUGCUGUCGCAGCCCCUGCAGUCGCGGCCCCUGCUGUCGCGGCCCUGCCCUGCACCCGCCCCUAGUAAGCACCCGCGCUGCCCUGCUGCGCCGCGCCGCCAGGAACUGAGCCGCGCCGCCAAGCCGAGCCGCGCCGCCGAGCCGAGCCGCGUUGCCCAUCGAGCCGCGCCGCUCUGGCGAGCCGCGCUGCCCUGCCGAGCCGCGCCGCCCUACCGAGCCGCGCUGCCCUACUGA